AUGACAGAAGAAAUAUUUUCAUUAAUCUUAUUGAUUUAUUAUGAAAUCUGUAUUUUCCUUUUACAACAUUAAGGUAAAUCAAAACUUAAAUAUAAUUAUUAGCAUUUAAUAAAAAUGAGUCAAUGAUUCUCAAAAUUAUUGAUAUAAUUACAAUGUUAUUAGUCAAUAGUGCUUUGUUUUAUAUUAAAAAUAAAAAAAAGAAUACAACAAUUAUAACAAUUUUAGGUGGUCUCCGUAUAUCUUUUCAAAUAGCUAUGAGUUAUUUUUGCUAAAUUGAAAUUUUAUUAGUUUUCCUUAACCUUCUAUUUAUAUACUCACUCUAUUAAGAUUAACUACAAAACUAAAUAUUAUAAAAAUUGCCAUAAUUAUUUUUGAUUGGAAAUGUAUUUUAUGUCUAAAACUUUUAAGAUAAUUUUAAAAAUAUUGGAAUUGCUUUUACUUGCAUUUCAAUAAUAUUUUCUUUUAGAUCUAAAAGGAUUGUUGAAACCUAGUCAGAUAAUUUAAAAAAUUAAAACAGAGAUUUUGGCAUUAGUAUAUCUGCUCUUCCAUAAAAAGAAUUAGAUCCAUCUAGAUCUUGUGAUAUAAAUGUAUCAAAUUCUAAAAGUAUUGUGUAUGGAGGAUUUUCAACUUUAAAAGAGUUAUCAAAAUCUAUGGAUACAAUAAUUUUUGAAGAAUAGUAAUAAUUUAUAUUAAAAUAUUUAUAGUGCGUGGAUAAAAGGAUAAUAAUUUAUAGUUUUAGAUGAAUAAGAAAAUGUAGUAAUUCAAACUUUUAAUGUUGCUGAUAUAUCUAAAAAUUCAUUUAGUAAUACAAUUGAAAAUGAAAGUGUUUUAGCCAUUUUAAAUCUUGGUAUAAUGUAGGGAAAUAGAGAUUUCUAGGAUUUAAUUUCAAGUAGUGGAACAAUUACAAUCAAUUAAUCUAGAUUUCUAAUAAAAGAUUUAAUAUUUAAAUUAAUAGGAGAUUAUGAAUUAUACAAAAACAAUUGUUUUAUUAUAAAUAAAGUAGAUGCAUUAUGGAUGCAAGAUAGAACGAUCAAAAUAUUUUUGGUAUAAAAAAUGAAAAAAAUCUAUGCAUUUUUGUAAGUUGAAUAGAGAGAGAUUAUGUAUUAACCUACAUGUUAAGCAUUUAAUUAAUUUAGUUCUUACAUAACACCAAGUUUAAAUUCAAUAAUGAUAAUGUCAAUCUUAGCAGAAUCAGAUACUAUAGUAAAUGAUUUAGUAUUGGAGAAAUAUUUGUACCCUAUAAGAGUCGCUAGUGUAAUUGUUUAUUUACAAUUAGCAAAUAUGAGAGAUUAUAAUUUACAUUAUCAAUAAAAAUUGCUAUUAAAAGUAUCUACAAUAGAAAUUAGUACAAUAUGUGAAGAUUUAACUAUUAUGGUACAAGAUUCAGCAAAAGCUAAAGGAAUCAAUAUUAAAUUUGAUUAAGAAUUUAUUGAAACAAUUGAAUCAGAUGCAGAAAGAGUAUUGUAAAUUGUUAGAUAUUUAGUUAAAGCAAUUGAUAUUACCAUUAAUUAGAUAUUUUAUAAUACAAACAAAAGAUGAAAAUAUAACUAUUACUUGGAAAAUGUUUGCUUCCAAAAAUUACUAGGUUGUUAUUCAUACUCCUAUUAACAUUGAUGAAAAAGAAAUACGAUUAAUCAAAUUCAAUUUAAAAAAACCUAAUCCAUCUUUUUCAGAAAUUAAUGUUUGUCAUAUUUUAGCUUAAUAUUUAUCUGGUACUUUGAAAAGAGGAAUUGAUAUCUCUCUUUCAGAAUAAUAAGGAACGGAAAUUACUUUUAUCAUUCAAUCAUUUAAUAUAAAUAAUGAUGAAAUGAAAGCGAUAAGAUUAAUAGGAGGAACACAUUAUUAAGAGACAUCAUUGAGUUAAAUGUUAGUAUUGCAAGAUACAUUAAAACAAAAUGAUAAAACAUGUACACUAUUUAGAGAAGAAUCUAAUAAAGUAUCAAUGGAUCAUUCACUUCAUUUUUCUUAAUCAAGAAUUUCAAAAUAAUUAAGUUAAAAAUAUUCAGAACAUCACAGCAAUUACUUUUCUUAAUUUUCAAAGUUUAAAGCAGAUUAAACAUCUUAUAUUUUUAAUUAAGAUGAGGAAACUAAGAAUUUCUAAAGAUUAAAUUAAUAGGCAACCCCUUCUUAAUCAAAAUAUUAAUUGCCCCAUUUUCCAGAAGCCAAUAUUAAUAACAGUAUAAAUAAUAAUAGUGCUUAUGGGAAUACAUUAAAUAUUGAGGUUAGAGAUAGAGAACAAACUUUUAAUAGUCAAUAAUAAUUUAGUGAAAGUAAAUAAUAACCAGCUUCUUCAAACUUAUAACUUGAUUUUGGAAUUGAUGUACCGGCUUAAAUAUAGUUACCAAUAUCAAGCCCUGUAAAAAUGUAAGGUGAAAUUAUUAAAUUUUCAACAACAGGAUAAUGUUGUUCUAGAGUUUUAAUUGCUGAUUGUGAAUUUCAAAAUAUAUAAAUAUUAGAAAUGAUUUUAGAUAAAUUUAAAAUUAUUUCAACAAGGGCUUUUAGUACAGAUGAAGUUAUAAAAUUGAUAGAAACAAAAACAAUUUGUAAAUGUGGAAAUUCUAGUUUUGUUUUAUAUUUUAUAAAUGUAGAUUUGCCUAAGAAAGGCGGAUUAUGGCUAAGUAAAUAUAUUAAAGAUAAAAUGACUUAAAAAUGUCAUAUUAUUGGAACUACAGGAUUAGUUGAGUAUCAUUCAAAAGUUGAAUUUUAUAAAAAUGGAAUAGAUUAAUAUAUUAGUUUACCAUUCGAUUUGGCAGAAGUGAGUAAAAUAUUAUAAAUUUCUUAAAAGUAUUGA